GAGAAUUUCCUGCAACUCUAAAGCGUGUGCAAGAGUCAAAGGUAGUCGCGAACCAGUUGCCCUGACCUCUUGCUUUUUAAGCAGAUGGCACUGAUCUUUAUCGAGUAUUCAAAAGACCUCCCCACCAUGGAUAGACUUCGUUUCUGGAUGCAAAAGCAUGUCGAUCCUCUCGACACUGUGAUAUCGAGUAUCGUGUGAGUUAGGAGAUCGAAUUCCAAUAAACAGCGAAGCCUCGGUUACCACAGCAGCCUCCUUUCCAACGUACCAAAGGUGCCUCUGUUAAGCUAAUUCAAGUACAGCUACAUCUCAAAAUGAUCUUCUUUAUCUUUUAUCGUAUUUAAAAGUGUAAUCAGUCGGUGUUUAAAUUUGAAAAGAAAAAAACGACGAGAAGGUAAGAAUAUAUCCGCCUUUGAACCAAUGAAUCUCCGAAAAGAUAAAGGAGAGGAAACGAAGAGAAAUCGAAGUUAAAUUCAUAGAAAGCAGAGAGAACGUUUAAGGUGGUCGAGCUGAUAGAGGGAGCGUAGAGAAGGGCUGAAGAAAGCACGUGAAAGAAGGGAUGACGAGGAACAACGUAUCGCAUGCGAUCGUACUCCUCUUUAUCGAGGGCUUCCUCCUCUGUGGUUUUUUGGCCACGUUUGAUUACGCCCCCGAGGCGAACGCUGGUAACAGUCAGAACAGCUUCUCGCCUCAUCUAAAUGGAAAACCGAGUUCUUUGCCGGUCACGUACACACUGUAUCAAGAUGUCCAUGUGAUGAUCUGGAUCGGAUUCGGCUUCCUCAUGACCUUCCUAAGAAGGUACGGACAGAGUGCUAUUGGACUGACUUUUCUACUGGGUGCCAUUUUGGUGCAAGUUGCCAUGAUCUGCCAAGGUGUGGUGCAUUUGGAGAAGAAUAACAAGGCUUAUUUGUCUUUGCAAAGGUUUUCGAGCGACUACCUGCCGGUUAAUAACGCGAAUAUCGAUCAACCACGUGCAACCACUUUCAGCCUUCUAAGCGCAGACAUUGCAGUGGCCACCCCGUUGAUAUCCAUGGGUGCUCUACUCGGUAAGACGACCUACAUUCAGCUCGUGUUCAUGGGUAUCCUCGAGCUGAUCAUGUUCACCGUGAACAAGUACGUGGGCGAGCAUCUGCUCAUGGCUGUUGAUGCAGGUGACAGUAUGUUUGUUCAUGCAUUUGGAGCGUAUUUUGGCAUGGCUGUUAGUUUUGUAUUCGGAAUGAAGGAUAAACCGAAGGAACACCACCUUGAAGGACCAUCCUAUAAUUCUGAUAUAUUUGCAAUGAUUGGUACGGUGUUCUUGUGGCUGUUCUGGCCGUCUUUCAACAGCGCUACCCUCGAAGGAGACGAUCAGCAAAGGGCCAUUAUAAACACCCUUCUCUCGAUCUGUUCGAGCUGUGUGAUCGCGUUCGCGACCUCCGCCCUGGUCUCGAAGGACAGCAAAUUCAACAUGGUCCACAUACAGAAUUCGACGUUGGCCGGUGGCGUAGCCGUCGGCACCGCUGCAGGCAUGAUGUGUCAACCGGUGGGUGCUUUAGUCGUUGGAGCCCUGGCAGGAGUACUCAGCGUGCUUGGAUACAAAUAUUUGACGCCGCUGAUACAAAAGCGCCUUCGUAUCCACGACACGUGUGGUGUCCAUAAUCUUCACGGUAUGCCUGGGGUGCUUGGAGGUCUGUUCGGUGCUCUGAUGGCUGGUUUAGCCACAGAAGCCUCGUACGAUUAUUCGCUUUACGAGAUCUUCCCUGCACGAGCACCGAACUCGGAAACAAAGCUGGCUGAAAUGAGGGACAAUUACGGUGCGUUGUCACCUGGACAGAACAGGACAGCAGGACAGCAAGCAGCUUAUCAAUUAUUAGUACUAGUGAUUACUUUGGGAAUCGCUAUUGUUUCAGGAUUGGUAACAGGUUUAAUCAUGCGCAUAUCGGUCUGCGGCUCAAUAUCCGAGGAACAGAAGUUCGACGACGAAGUCCAUUGGGAAUUAGAAGAAGAAUCUUCGCACGAGUCCAAUAUAAAAGAUGGAAACGGCUGCGAUGGAGAUCAAUUACCCAUGGGUCACAUUUGAAGCUACACACUUUAAUUUUAUCAACUCCUUUCCUAUCUUCUGCCAUUAUUUUUGUACAACGUUCAAUUUUUUCUUCGUAGGGUGAUUGUGUGAAAGUGCAUGUUGCGUAUGUGAUUUUCCUAAACGCAUUCGUGGCAUAAGUGACCAAUUAAAUUAUGUACAUUGUAAAAUAAAAUAAUACACUAAAA